AUGCUCAGGGUACCCAACAACCAAUAUGAGGCCCACCUUGUCAAAUAUUAUUAUACGUUCUUAGGCUACGCCUCUCGUCGCACGCGUAGCGCCCUCCGAAUCGCGCCCUUCGGGCCCUCUCAAACGCGCCCUCCGCGCCCUCCGCGCUCUCCUCCUCCGCGCGACAGCGCCCUCCGCGCCCCUAGCCCGCAUCGUCGCGGACCUCCGCGCCUCGCCCGUCGCCCAGGCCCGCGCCAAGCCCAUCGCCCAGGCCCGCGCCUAGCCCGUCGCCCAGGCCCGCGCCUAGCCCGUCGCCCAGGCCCGCGCCUAGCCCGUCACACUUAG